AAUUGAUGUCGAGGACUUUUAAUUUUUGAUUAUAAAAGGCUUGGUAUUGAACAAUAAUGCGCUAUACUUUUCUCUUUUACUUUUCUCCAUAAGAAUGACUGCUGCUGCUGCUCCUCCUCCUGCAACAAAUGGACCUGUUAUUGCUGGCUAUUUUGCAAACUGGGGAAUUUAUGACAGAAAGUACAACGUAGUAGACGUUGCUGUUCAAGCCAACAAACUUACCCAUAUUCUCUAUGCAUUUGGUAAUUUACAAGAAAAUGGUCAAGUAAUCUUAGGUGAUAGUUAUGCAGACAAAGAAAAGCAUUUUCCUGCAAAUGAAUGCGUUAAUGGUAAAGCUGAUAGUUGGAACGACCAAGGCAAUAAUCUAUAUGGCAAUUUUAAGCAAUUUUAUUUACUUAAACAAAAGUAUCAUCAUCUUAAAGUAUCGUUGAGUGUAGGUGGUUGGACUUGGUCCAAGAAUUUUGCAACAGUUGCUAGUGAUCCAGCAAAACGUCAGCGAUUUGUUCAGAGCAGUAUCAAGCUAAUCUCUGAUUUUGGUCUGGAUGGUCUAGACAUUGACUGGGAAUAUCCAAAAGAUGACAGGGAAGCAUUUUUCUACGUGCAUCUACUUUAUGAAAUGCGCAUUGCUUUGGAUAUUUAUCAACAACAAUGUCAACAGCUAAAUCAACCUCGCUUACUCUUGACAGUCGCUGUUCCCUGUGGCCCUGAACACUACCGAAAACUUCGGUUAGCAGAAAUGGAACCCUACGUUGACUUGUUUUAUCUGAUGGCCUAUGAUUAUGCAGGUUCUUGGGAUGCCAAGACAGGCCAUCAAGCCGCCAUGUUUGGAGGGGCUUUAAAUACAGACCAAGCUGUAAAUGACUACCUGGCCUUUGUGCCUCCUCACAAAUUAGUAAUAGGUUUGCCCAUGUAUGGUCGUGGUUUCUCAAACACAGAUGGGCCAGAAUGUCCCUUUCAGGGCAUACCUAAAGGAACAUGGGAAGAAGGUCAAUUUGACUACAAGUGUCUUCCUAAGCCUGGAGCAACAGAAUACAAUGAUCAUCAAAGAAUGGCUUCAUGGUCUUACGAUCCUCAUGCCCGAGAGUUCAUUUCUUACGAUACCCCACAAAUUAUUGCCACUAAGUGUAACUAUAUUCAACAAAGGCAUUUGGGUGGAUGUAUGUUCUGGGAGCUUAGUGCUGAUCAUCCUCCUAAUGAUCCUCGUAAUUUGGUAAAUACUGUUUAUGAAGCCUUUGGUAGACAAACAGACCAAAUGCCUAAUCAUUUGGACUACCCAAAAAGCGAAUACGAUAACCUAAGAAAUCAUAUGAAUUAAAGCAUAACAAACAAACUGUUUCAACCUUUU